AUGGAACAUUCAAAAGGCCUUACUCCAGACGAGGAAUCCCACGUCCCGGGUACUCUCAUAGAAAAAUCUGGAUCCCCUCGACCGAAACAUUCGCAAGUCCUUACUCCCGAUGAGGAAUCUCACAUACCAGGUACUAUUAUAGACAUCAGAUUUAAAUUCCCUCGAUCGGUUCGUUGCGAGACCGAGCCGGACGAGGCUUUGAUCGGGAAACACAAGUACUCGAAGGUAUACAAGUUUGCCAAUCCUUGUUCAAGAUGCGCCAACACUGGUCGUAUCUGUGUGACUAGUGGCACGAAAUCCGUCAAGUGCGAGUGGUGCAGGGUUUCGAAGAUACCUUGUGACGUCAAUGGAGUGGAAACUGUGCACUUCAAGUGGCUGCGAAACGGAAGCCUCUUCCCUGACUCGAAAUUCGACACCAAGACUAAAGCAUCGAGCACUGACCUCCCCGACGAAAUCUCCCUGUUGGGUUCGGAAGACGAAGCUAGGGUUGAUGAUUGGUCAACAAGGACACAAGAUGUCGAUCCUCUCGAUCCCAGUCCACUGCAAAAUUUCGGUGUGGAGAUACCUUUGGCUAGGAAAUCAGGGUCAAGGAUCAUACAGGAUGAUAUAAGGGCCGACCGAUAUCUUCAACGUGUGAUGGGAUGGCGACGAAGCUCUGAGGCACCACCCUUCCGCCCCUUGGGCUUCAUUACGAUGCCUGUUGAGGAGAUCCCGGACCCAUCGAACAAGAGACCUACCCCGGAUUCCGCUAGAUCUGAAGAAGAAGAGGAUCGACCCAAACGAAAAAUCAGAGUCAAGAUUCGAAAGCCCCCAAGUUUGGAGGACGACGACCCUUCAUCCCCUACUGCUCAUUCUGCUCCUCGAACUUCCUAUCCUCGGCCCUCUCAACUCUCCUCCUCGGCUCCUGCUCCAUCCCUACCCUCGCUUUUGAUCGGACGUGCUAUUUCACCAGUCGCUGCACCCCGUCUUUCGAACCUGGCAGCCUUUCACCAUGUGACUCCUACACCCUCAAACUUAGCCUCGAUUAAAAAUUCUUCUUUUCAGCCUCCGCACACCCGUCAAAGCCCUGCGAUUCUUGAAAGUUCUCCACCCCCGGUUUUGGAAGACACUUCAAAAGUUCCUUUAUUUCGACUUUCUUCACCAUUGGAAAGCGAGGGACGAACCGACGAACAAGUCCAAUAUCCACAUGAUGAUGAGAUACCCACUGGAAAACAAGGACAAGCGGGAGAUGAUCAUACGAGAUUGAACAAGGUAGUAGGAGCUGCUGGAAAUGAAUCAGACCGCCAGUUUUCUCUUGCACCCAAAUUUUCACGUGGUGGAAACCAGCGGUCCGAAAACGCUCAGACAGAUCGGGGCAAUGAUAUUCAUUCAGAUGAUAGCUCUGUAGACUGGGGUGUAGUCGAGCCCAACAAUUUUGAUGGUAACGUGGUGGCGGAGCAGAUGAAGAAGGCAGCAAAAGAUAUGGAGAGAUUCAUGGCAAGCAAAAUGUUGGAAAUUGCUGCUUUGAUCCCAGCCGGUCAUAACUUUAAUAAUUUCAUCGCUAUGCGUAGAGCAAUACAAGAUAAGUGGAAAGGAUAUAAGGAAACAGUGAAUGAGGCUGUCAAGCCUUUACAAAAAUUAUAA